AUGGACGAUCAAUUAAAACGUCUCGAAGCGAUUACCAAUCGAUUAGAAGCAGUUGCUCAAAAAUUCUCGUCGCCAGCAUCGUCGGCUGUCAAUGGACAUCCGAAUGUGAAUAAUGGAACUGCUGACGAACUUGAUCAUUUGCCCAUCCUACGCGAUUAUGAUACAAUAAUCAAUGAAUCGGUUCAACCAUUUUUGAAUAGUUCGAAAAAAAUUGGUGGAGAUCUGACAGCAAUGGCUGAUCACGUACAACGUUUAUUUACUGCUCAACAGGAGUUUAUUAAACGAGCUGUUCAAAGUAAGAAGCCGAACGAUCAGCAGAUAACGGAAAUAAUUAAGCCGCAAUCGAACGAAAUUGAAGCGAUUUCGAAUUACACAAACAAAAAUCGUAAAUCUCCAUUAUUCAAUCAUUUAUCAGCCAUCUCCGAGGGUAUUCCAGCACUCGGCUGGAUUCUUGUUUCACCAACACCUGGUCCGCAUAUCAAAGAUAUGACAGAAGCUGCUCAGUUUUAUUCCAAUCGUGUCCUCAAAGAGUUCAAAGACAAAGAUCCAACUCACGUAGAAUGGGUCAGAUUAUGGACGAAAAUAUUGAAUGAUCUUCAUACAUACGUCAGACAACAUCAUACUACUGGUUUAGCUUGGGCAUCUCAUGGUAAACGUGAUGUUGAUUCAACCAAUGUAGCAACAUCAGUAAACAAACCUGCUUCAGGCGGAGUUCCACCUCCCCCACCCCCUCCUCCUCCUCCUCCUCCACCUAUGCAAUUAGAUAGCGCUCUUAACGCUUUGGUCGAUAAUAGUCGUAAUGAACUGAUGAGUUCCAUCAAUGCAUUGGGCCAAGGUGCAACAUCUCAUUUGAAAAAAGUUCCGGAUGAACUUAAAACACACAAAAAUCCGCAAUUGAGACAAAGUACAGAAGCUCCUCAUGAAAAGAAAGGUCCAGCACAAUUUGUUGAUGGAAAACCAGUUGUACCACCUAAACCUGGCAAACCAGCAUCUGCUCCAUCACCUGUUAAAACACAAACAGCGGUCAAUACAUCGAAACCGACCACUGUAAGUGGACCUCCGAAAUUAGUACUUGAAGGUAACAAAUGGUUGGUUGAAUAUCAGAAAGAUAAACAUGAUCUUCGCAUAACUGACACCAACAUGAAACAUAGUAUUUACAUAUACAAGUGCGUCAAUUCCACAGUUGUUGUCGAAGGCAAAGUGAAUUCGAUUGUUCUUGAUCAAUGUACGAAAGUUGGUCUUCAAUUCACAUCUGUUGUAUCAUUAGUUGAAUUUAUCAAUUGUAAAAGUAUGAAAGCUCAAGUCAUCGAUCGUGUUCCGACCUUGCAAAUUGAGAAAACCGAUGGCUGCCACAUAUAUUUAUCUACGUCGUCACUUGACACAGAAUUUAUCACAUCAAAAUCGUCCGAAAUGAGUGUUAACAUUCCAUUCGGCGAUGGUGAGUACAAAGAAUUUCCCAUUGCCGAACAAUUCAAAACGUGUCUUCAAAACGCUUUCCGGUACUAUCUUUUUCCACUAAAAGUAUCGAAAAAUAUUCUCUGCAAUCAAAAGUAUUUUUCACGCUUUCUCAGUUCUAAAGCUUGCACUAUCAUUUGGUCGAUACCAAAAACUCAAAUAUCUUCUUCAGCCACUCCAUCUUUUCGUUGCCAAUUAUCAUCCGAAGACGAUCCGAAUAACGAUUUCACGCAGCAUGUUUUAGCACGUCAUGUUCCAAGUGAAACUCAAUGUCGUGAGUAUAAAAGCACCAUAUCCGUACAAGAAUGUCAAAGAUGCUAUUUGAGUACAAAUAAAAGUUAUCACGAUGAAAGUAAUGGUAACACAUUGAAAGCUUGUACGAGUUUUAGCUUCGAUCGAACGUAUUAUGAAUCAACAUUAGUUGAAGAAUGGUCGAUGGUCUGUGAUCGAGUAUCGUGGAAGAGUUUGUCUCAAAUGAUAUUCUUCUUUGGCUAUAUGAUUGGUUCGCUGGUCUUUGGUGUUUUGUCGGACAAAUUUGGAAGACGACCAAUUAUGGGUAUUUCGUUUUUUAUUAUUUCCUUCGCCAGUUUUCUCUGUGCAUUUGCGCCGCAAGAUGGCCUUGGAUUUGAGUUAAGUUAUUCACUUUUUAUUUUGGGGCGAUUUUUGCUAGCUUGUGCAUCACGUGGUGUUGCUUUGACAGGCUUCGUCAUUGGUGUAGAAAUCGUCGGACCGAGGCAACGAUUGUUAACUGGUAUUAUCAUCCAGUAUUUUUUCGCCAUAGGUGAAUUGAUACUAUUAGUAUUUGCGUAUUUCUUUCGGUCGUGGUAUUUACUACAUACAACUUUAGCGAUUUUGUCACUACCAUUUUUGAUUGUCUACUUUUUGUUGCCGGAAAGUCCGCGCUGGAUGAUAUCGAAAGGUCAUUACGAGCGAGGAGAAAAAGUCCUUCGUCAUAUAGCAAAAAUCAAUCAAACUAGUUUUGAUUCUAUUGCCUAUCAACGGCUUAUUACUGAAGAGAAAAAGAGAGAAGCAAUAAUUGAUGAAAAACGCCAUGGAUUCAUGAUUUUGUUUCGAUCAAAAACUAUGUUUAUUAUAACACUCAAUAUAUCUUUUCAAUGGUUUGUUCAAAAUCUAGUCUUUUAUGGAGUUUCACAAAAUACAGGCACUUGGUUAUCAAAUCCAUACAUAUCCUUUGGAGCUGGCGCUAUUGUUGAAAUACUUGCUUAUUUCAGUGUUCAUUUACUUCUUCGCUUGUGGGGCCGAAAAACUAUUUAUUGUGCCUUCGCUACGGGUUUUGCAGUUUUCGCAAUUUUAGUCGUGCCAGUUCAGGUAUUAAUGAUCAAAGGUAGCCCAGGUCAAAAUGGAUUAAUGUUUGCAAUCCAUGUGAUUUUGAAGUUUUUUGCCACCGGUUCAUAUGCGAUUAUCUAUAUAUAUGCAAAUGAACUAUUUCCAACUCAAGUUCGAAAUACUGGUAUGGGUAUUUGUUCAAUGAUCGCUCGCGUAGGGGCUAUCGCAGGAACAUUAUCAAAUGAUUUACUAGCAAGAGUUUGGCUAUACUUUCCGAUUGUUGUUUUCGGUGUGACGUCGAUAAUUGCCGUAUCAUUUGUAACAAUUUGCCCGGAAACACUGAAUAAAUCAUUGCCUCAAACAGUUGAUGAUGUUGAACUUAUGGGUCUUGCUCUGCCGUGGGGAAGACCAAAACGCUUGACGCGUGUCCAAGUUGAUGAUGAGAAUAAUACAGAUGAAAAUAUUGCAUUGAAGCUACCAACUGGGGGAGAUAAUGCUUGA